AAAAUGACAACUGACGUCUUAUACAUCAUUACAUCUUUUUUUCUCAUAAAUCAAUUUUUAACUUAAAAAUAUUUAUUUAAUUUGUAAUCACAGGAUAUUGACAAGAAUCCUGAUAUCGAAGACGCCUACACCUUAAAUGUGAUGUUAUCGAGUGGCGGGUUUAAGCGUAAAAUUCGCAGUGCAUGGUUUUUUUUUGUCAAUGUCCAAUAACUGCUAUUGCAAAAUCCUUUGAUUGCCAAGUGUAGAAAUUCACGGUCUGAAUAUGGAAUCCCUUCCAUAUUUUGCCCUAUUAGCGAUAUUAUUAGGUUGUGUGAGCCCGGGUUAUUUAUAUCCUUCCACCCUUUUUAAAAAUGAAUGUCCAAGACUGUACCCGAGGGUGUUUAAAGGGUUUGUUCCGAGGGGCAACAUUUCGGCAGGUUUUUAUGAUGAAAUAAAGGGAAUAAACACCAUGAAGUUAUGUGUCCAGAAGUGUUGCAUAAAAGCGACCUGCCAUGUGGCCUUCAUGACAGAUGAUAAAUGCUAUCAUGUAGCUUGUAGCAGUAACGAGCUCUGUAUCCCAACAAGAAAUACAAAUCCGGAUACUGUUAACCAUGUGGCAAUGGUUUUGGUGAAACCAACCGACGAGGAUACUUGGGAGGAUGUUUUAGCUCCACAAGAAUUUUCAACGUCCCAACUUGAUAGGGAAGUAUACAACUUAUUAAACGAUAGGACGCGUUAUGAAAGCCCCUUGAAAGCAUUGGAAGAUGAUAUUUUAUUCGAUGAUAACUAUGGGGUGGCUUGUGAGGUGGGAGUUGAUAAUUCAUGUCAGCUUCCCAAUGAGGUUUGCGUGCAAACAAGGGACAGAUCCAGAACAUUUAUAGGCACCUGUGAAUGCAAACCAGGAUUUAUAAGGCAAGAAGAGGGCGUUUGCUUCUCGGUCACCUUGAAAGAUAUUAGUUUACCAGGGCUGCCUCUGUCUGACAUAAUUACUGAAAAAAUCUUAGAUAUGACCACUAAUAAGUCCGUCCCGGUAACCAGGAAGCAUUUGACUGUAGUGUCUGAGUCAAAACAAGUUAAAUUGCCAAUAAAUGAAGUUACCCUGGAAGCAAAUACCGUUCCAGAAGAGACGCCUGACAACAAGUAUCAAUACGAAUGGACCUCCCUGCACCAGCCGGAAGGCAGCACCGCCGUUAAACACCAAAACGAUAAUCAGUUACAUCUUGAAAAGUUGGCGGAGGGCAUCUAUGAGUUUAAGGUGAGCGUUUCUACUCCAACAUCAUACGGUGAAACGUUCGUGAACGUAACAGUGUUGCCAGAGGCGCGCAUUAAUACCCCCCCAGAAAUCGUGAUAACUCCUGCCAAUCAGACGAUAAAGCAACCGAAUGCCGCCGCUGUUUUGGACGCCUCCUCUUCCAAAGACGACGACGGAAUAAUUUCCUGGCAUUGGGAGUUGCAGCAGGGCCCAUUAGGUUAUCAGCCAGAGUUGAAAGAUAGUCCGACGUUGCAAUUGAACGACUUAACUAAGCCUGGGAAUUACACUUUUAAGUUGACCGUGACGGAUACCGAUAAGGCUACUAGCAGUAGUACUGCUAAUAUUACUGUGCUCGCGGUGACCGACUAUCCACCGGAGGCUAAUGCUGGCGAGGACAAGAUAAUUUAUCUCCCGCACAAUAACAUAACCUUAAACGGUAGCCUAAGUACCGAUGAUCAUGCGAUUACCACUUGGGAAUGGACCAAAUCGGCCGAUGACGUGCAGAAAACGGUCGAUAUGCAAAAUACUCGCACGCCCUAUUUACAACUGUCCAAUUUACAAGAAGGUAUGUACACUUUUACGCUAAAGGUUAUGGAUAGCGCAAACCAGUCCAGUAUGGCGCAAGUGCAUGUUUUCGUUAAACCGCCGACGAAUAAACCUCCGGUGGCAGAAGCUGGACCCAACGUCACAAUUAGUUUACCUCAAACUUGGGCAAUAGUGGACGGUUCGAACAGCACGGACGAUAACCACAUAACGACUUACAAAUGGGAACAAGUGGAGGGACCCUCGACUGCCAUUUUUACGUCAGCGAAUACGAGCAAAACGAACAUCACUAACUUAACUAAGGGUGUUUACACCGUUAAACUGAGCGUCACCGAUGAUAAUAAUAACGUUGCUAGCGAUACGGUCUUUGUAAUCGUUAAUCAAAAUGUUAACCAAAAGCCUACAGCGAACGCCGGUCCCGAUCUAACAAUCGAAUUACCCGUUAAGGGAAUCAUCGUUAACGGUUCCCAAUCGAAGGACGAUUGGGAAAUCGUCAAGUGGCAAUGGAUCAGAGACGAAAAAUCUUUAGCUAUAGGCAAUAUCGUGGAAGGCACCGAUCAAUCUCCCGUAUUGAUUUUAACAGACGUCUCGGUGGGAACUUAUAUAUUCAAUUUAACCGUUUGGGACAAACAGGGACUGGAGGACCGCGACACGGUCACGGUUAUCGUGAAAAACGACCCCAAGAUGUUUUAUUUGAUCGAUUUGACUAUUGACGUAGACGCGAGAUUUUUAACGCAAGCCCAGUUUGAUACCCUUAAAGCUAAACUGGCCCUGUUGGUUAACGAGGGAUCUAAGUUAGAGGUCAGAUCGGUAAAAUCGGAACCGGGUACCGGUAAGGUUAAGCUCACUUUCUACCUGGAGGGUUCCCAAGGUCAACCGGUGGGAGCCAACGAAGUGGUGCAACAUUUAAGGCAAAAACUGCAAGUCGACGCCAGUCUGCUCGGGUUUUCGGUGGCCAAAUUGCAAACGUCGAUUUGCCAAAAUAACUGCUCGGGACACGGGGUUUGUAACGAGGUCACGAGGGAGUGCGAAUGUGAAGUGUUCUGGAUGCACGACAUGUUCAAGGUGUACCUAAACUCCACCGAAGAUUCCGAUUGUAGCUGGAGCAUCUUAUACGUGGUCCUCGGUCUAAUAUGCGGAGUGUUAACGUUCUUCGGUUUCACUUGGAUGCUGGUGUACGUCUGCUAUAGAUGGUGCCACAGCAGACACGACUUGAGCAAACCGACUAAUUACAAACUGAUCGAGGAUACUGACGAUAAUCUUCCUCCUUAUUCCAGAAAAGCGAACCUCUCGGAGACGGACAGCGACUCGGACGUAGUUUUCGAGACGAGAUCGAAACCGCCCAGAUUCUCGGAUUCCCGAAACGGUCAUAAACCGGCCAGGAACGGUUUUAAUAAGCCCAACCGACGGGUCAAAACGUAGAGUCGAAUUCCGGGAGAGGGUAAUAUUAAGUUGCACAAAAUUGUGAUAUAAAUUGAAAUUUCUUAGGUUUGUUUGGCUUGAAUACAUUCGUCCCGAUAAAGUAUCGCCUAUUUCUAUAAUAUCAUUGAUAUUUUGUGUAUUUUUAUAUUAGCACUUUUGCCAUACGUUGUGCUUAUUUACCAGUAAUUCUAGUCAAGCUAUACGACAGUAGGACACUAUUUAUUUAUUAAGGAUUUGUAUCUAAAUUAACCGCCGUAGCAAAAACUGGACUAUUUUAUUUUGUGAUUUAGCUUUUAAACCGAAUUGUUUUAGCAGUAUUUACAGGUGAUUUAUUAAAACAGGUGUACUUAUUUCCAGUAGUUAUGUGUAUACUAAUGGUGAACUUAUAUUCUUUAUAAUAUUUUGAUGAAUAAAAGUGAUAUCCAAGUA